CCUGCCCUCCGCCGCGCGCCGGGCCCAAAGUCUCUCCGCGCGGGCCCACUGGCUUAGUUGCUGCUGCGGCUGCGCCUCGUCCCCGUCCGCGCCUCGUCCCCGUCCGCGCCUCGUCCCCGUCCGCGCCUCGUCCCCGUCCGCGCGUCCCCGCUGCCGCCAUGCCCGGAGGGCUCCUUCUCGGCGACGAGGCUCCCAACUUCGAGGCCAACACCACCAUCGGCCGCAUCCGUUUCCACGACUUUCUGGGAGACUCAUGGGGCAUCCUCUUCUCCCACCCGCGGGACUUCACCCCCGUGUGCACCACAGAGCUUGGCAGAGCAGCGAAGCUGGCACCGGAGUUUGCCAAGAGGAAUGUCAAGUUGAUUGCCCUUUCCAUAGACAGUGUGGAAGACCAUUUUGCCUGGAGCAAGGAUAUCAAUGCUUACAAUGGUGAUGAGCCCACAGAAAAGUUACCUUUUCCCAUUAUUGAUGAUAAGAAUCGGGACCUUGCCAUCCUCUUGGGCAUGCUGGACCCAGCAGAAAAGGAUGAGAAGGGCAUGCCCGUGACAGCGCGUGUGGUAUUUGUUUUUGGUCCUGACAAGAAACUGAAGCUAUCCAUCCUCUAUCCAGCUACCACUGGCAGAAACUUUGAUGAGAUUCUCAGAGUGGUUAUCUCUCUCCAGCUGACAGCGGAAAAGAGGGUCGCCACCCCUGUUGACUGGAAGGAUGGAGACAGUGUUAUGGUCCUUCCAACUAUCCCUGAAGAAGAAGCUAAAAAACUUUUCCCUAAAGGAGUCUUCACCAAAGAACUCCCAUCUGGCAAGAAAUACCUCCGCUACACUCCCCAGCCUUAGAUCUGAGAAGCUGAGGCUGUAGCUCCUCCCUCAGUGAGCCAAAGGGUGCCCGCUGCCAGUCACGUGUGCCUGCAGCAGUUGCAUAAGAAUGUCCCGGUGUGAUAACAGCCAAGGUCUUUAGGUUGCUGUACUACUGGCUUAUUAAACGGAAGUAGCACUAAAAUUUUCAUGGGAUUCUUUGCUAUGUGCCUUCACCAGCACUCUGUCCUGUUCACACAUCCCAGCACUCUGCUGCUGGCUGGCUCUUCUUGGAAUUUAUUCUGUAUUUGUGACUCAGCUCUCGUUGGGUCCCUGCAGGGUUUAUGAUCAACAAGGUAGUAUUUGUUGGUGGUUGAGGAAGUUUACCUUUCUCCAUCGCAGAAUGACUAUCAGUUUUUGUAGCUGUCUUAAUCAAAUCCUCUUUUCUGUUCCCAUUUUGGAGAAUAACAGAACUGGAAAUUCACCUUCCUCUGUAAAUAUCUAAGUAUGUGGCCCAGCAACUCAGAUACUCCUUAACAAUCAGUCUUAGUCACAGCUGGAAAGGAGAACUUCUCAAUCCUGUACCUUUCUAGUAGGUAACUAAAGUGGUGGUGGGGGGGGGGAGUAUAUUUUGCUAUAAAAAAAUUUUUUGUGAUAAAUUUCUGUGAAAGGGGGAAAGGCUUCCUUUCCUGCCAGGGAGCUGCACCUGAGGGCCUGAGUGUAGGUGCCCUGUGCCUUUCACCAAGUAUUGCCAUGUCAGCCUGCUCUGAAGAUGCGUACAUGGGAGGCCAGACCUCAUGAAGAGAAGAGGAGGACUGAGACUGUGUUACAGUUCUAUUCUUGCAAUGGGUUGCUAUUUUCUGGAUUUUGCUUUUAGGGGAUCAGUAAAUAAAAUCCUUUGUUGAAACUGGA